GACCAAAUCACAGUGCAGUGUACUACUGUGCAGCUAGCAAAGCACACUGACAGAAAUCCCCUCUGAGCUUUACAAAAACUCUUCACCAUCUUUUAUCAUGGUUUCAAAUAAUACGUGGAAUAUACUCCUCACAGACACCUGCUUUUGUGGUUGCAUUUUGGUUUGAUUCAGUUGUGUCAUUAUUAGCUAAUACAAGCUGGUUUCUAUUCUAUUGGUUUACUCUUAUUUAAACUAGACAAGACUAAAACAUAAUGAAAAAGCAAAAAGGAAGAGCCUCGAUAAUUAUCAGUUUUAUAUGCAACUACAUGAAGCCACUCCUCCUUUCUACAUCAUGAUGGCUUCCUUCUUAAAUGUGACUGAGUUUAGGGAGAAAGCACAAACAACAGAGACCCUGUCGUCACUUAACCAAUACUACAUUUCAUCCAUGAUUUAACUCAGUGCUCCAUGUCAGAUCUUCAAAUGAUGAUUCGAUUUCUGUUCUGCUAUUUCCUCACAGCAGGUAUUUCACUGGGGGUUCAGAUCCAUCAGUCUCCCUCUGCUGUCAUCGGAAAGGCCGGUGGUAAUGUUCAACUUUCCUGCACACAUGGACAAAGUAACUACAGAGUGAUGCUGUGGUACCAACACACACCUGGAGACAGAGCACUGAAACUUAUUGGAUAUGGAUAUGCACAGUUCAGUAAUAACAGCGUGGAAGAGCCGUUUAGAAAACACUUCAAAUUAGCUGGAGAUCUGAGUGGAGACAACAAAAAUGGUUCACUUUCCAUAAUCAAUCUGAAAGCACUUGAACACAGCGCAGUGUACUUCUGUGCUGCAAGAGAGGCACACAGAGACUCAGGCUGGUUCUUCACAUUCAACAUGAUGCCAUCUCAACUCAUCGUUUCCAUCAUCACUUUGUUCUGGGUUAGAGGAGUUUAUCUCAGUAAAGAAAAACAAGUAUUUCAGACUCCAACUGAGCUGUUGGUGAAACCAAAAGAUGGAGUCAACUUGAGCCUCACACAUAAAAUCCCGAGCUAUGACACUGUUCUCUGGUAUCAGCGCUCACCAGGAAAUACUUCCCUAAAGCUCAUCGGCUACAUGUCUUAUAAAAAUCCUAAGGUUGAGUCAGAAUUUCAAAUUCACUUCAAUGUGAGUGGAGACGGAGAGAAAACAGCUUAUCUUCACAUCCUGAACCCGAGACACCCUGAAGAAAGUGGAGAAUAUUUUGGAGCAGCAAGUAUAUACACAGCAAUAAAGACAGUGACUCUCUCAUACAAAAACCUCCACAAUGAUCCAGCAGAGAACAGCACACCAACAGGAAACCACUGGAACCACCUCACAGUAUCAACUGGUUCAUUAGAAUCUAUUUAUUUGUUCCUUUUAGCAUUGCACUGAAGUGAAGUUGACAUU